ACACGCGCACCUGCAUCUCUCCCACUGACCGCUCAUUCACGAGAGGACACUGUCAUCUCCAACAGCUGAAUUUUCGCCACAUGGAGUUUUUUGUCUUGUUUUAUUUCUCCGUCUUUAUUCGCAAAAGUUUUGCCGAACUGUAAAUAAGGGUUUAGUCAUGCUUUUGUUUGAGCCAUAUCACUGAUGCGCAUCUCGCGCUCGGUCUCCGCGAGGAAUACAUCAGAAAAAUGGAAUAGGCGUUUUCUCUAUCCACCUUCACAAUGGGAUUAUUCAAACUUUAUUUUCUGCUUUGUACUGUUGGAGUUUGGUAUGUUUCAGGUUUCGGGGUUGACCCAACAUUACAUGUGGACAUCUUCCAAGAAUUUGAUCUUAUGAGGUCAAGUGCCGAAGCCUCUCAAGUCCAGGGGUUCCACAAUGAGAGCACAGCUUUUCUGUUUGAAGGCUCAUCAAGGAAUGCAAGGGCUUCCCUCAAGGCAGCAGAGCGAAUCCUUCAGAAGUUAAGAGGGAGAAAAGAGUUCACUCUUCUGCUGACCCUCAAACAGGAGAAACUGAGCUCUGGUGUGCUGCUGUCCAUCCACAAUGGGGAACAGAGGUUUCUGGAGGUAGAGAGCAGCGGUCUACGUAAUGAGAUCCGUCUCUUCUUUCAAACCGCAGACCAGCGGCUGCAGAGAGAGGUCUUCCCCUAUAGUCUAGCAGAUGGACACUGGCACAAAUUGUCUUUGGCAUUCAGUGCCACUCAGGUGGUGCUCCAUAUUGACUGCAACAGAAUUUAUGAAAGAAUUGUGGAGACACCAUCUAUGGACAUUCCUAGAGGAACAAACGUCUGGCUGGGUCAAAGGAAUGAUGCCCAUGGCUUCUUCAGGGGUGUGAUGCAAGAUGUUCAGUUGGUGGUUGUACCUCAUGGAUAUAUCAUCCAGUGUCCAGAUCUCAACCGUACUUGUCCCACAUGUAAUGAUUUCCAUGGCCUGGUGCAGAAAAUUAUGGAGCUUCAAGAUAUUCUGGCCAAAACAUCAAACAAGUUGGCACUUGCUGAAGAGAAGAUGAACUACUUGGAUGGCUGUUACUGUGAAAGGACGUGCAACCUGAAUGGAGAUAUAUACAGAGAGGACGAUGCAUGGAUAGAUGGAUGCAGAAACUGCACAUGCUCAAAUGGUACAGUGGAGUGUGAAAGUAUUUUCUGCCCACCACCCCAGUGCCCACCUAAUACAGCUCCAAUCUACAUGCCUGGAGCAUGCUGUAGAGAGUGCCUGCCUGUCUGUCUGUUCAGAGGAAGGGUGUACGUAGAAGGGGAUCGUAAAAGCAUACAUGACUCUGAAGGAAACUGUCUGCUAUUUGAGUGCAGGGAUCGAAGUAUGCGUAGAGUUGAGAUGACUUCCUGUCCAGAACUGAACUGCCCCGAGUCAGAGCUGAUCACACUCACAGACCGCUGCUGCAAAGUGUGUAGAGGGCACGAUUUCUGCACUGAGGGUCACAGCCGCAAUUGCGUAGAGAACUCGGACUGCAUUAAUCUAGAGGCAGGAGCUUCCUGCAGCUGCAAAGAGGGAUAUCAUCCGCUCAGGGAUGACAGCGCUUAUUGCCGAGAUAUCGAUGAGUGUGCGGAAGGGAAACACUACUGCAGGGAGAACACAAUGUGUAUGAACACACCCGGCUCCUUCAUGUGUGUGUGUCACACCGGAUAUGUUCGUAUUGACGAUUAUUCCUGCACAGAGCACGAUGUAUGUGCGCGUGGAUUGAAUACCUGCGAUGAGAAUGCUCUUUGCUUCAAUACGGUUGGUGGACACAGCUGCACCUGUAAACCAGGAUUUUUGGGUAACGGCACUGUCUGCAAAGCGCUCUGUGAGGGUCAGUGUCUCAAUGGUGGUUCUUGCAUUUCUCCAGAUACCUGUGUCUGUCAGCAGGGCUUUACUGGAAAGAGAUGUGAGACAGACAUUGAUGAGUGCUUGGAUGGAUUUGUGGAGUGUGACAGUCGAGCCACUUGUGUCAACCUACCUGGCUGGUACCACUGCGAGUGCCGCGAUGGCUACCAUGACAACGGAAUGUUCUCAGCCAAUGGAGAGUCAUGUGAAGACAUCGAUGAAUGUGAGAUGGGGAGGCACACUUGUGCUAAUGACACUGUGUGCUUUAACGUGGAUGGAGGAUAUGACUGCCGGUGUCCUCACGGCAAGAACUGCACAGGAGACUGCGCUCAUGAUGGAAAAGUGAAACACAACAGGCAGAUUUGGGUGCUGGAUGACGACAGGUGCUCAGUCUGCUCUUGCCAGUCAGGACUGGUGAUGUGUAGACGGAUGGUGUGUGAUUGUGAGAAUCCCACGGUGGAUGUGCUGUGCUGUCCUGAAUGUGACCCACGCAUGAGUUCUCAGUGUUUGCACCAGAACGGUCUGCUAGCUUACAGCAAUGGAGAAACCUGGGUGGAGAACUGCCAGCAGUGCCAGUGCAUGAGGGGAGAGGUAGACUGCUGGCCGAUAUUGUGUCCUACGGUCUCCGACUGUGAGUUUACAGUGGUUCCAGAGGGCGAGUGCUGUCCACGCUGUGUUAUGGACCCCUGCCUGGCCGAUACCAUCCGAAAUGACAUCACCAAGACCUGUGUGGAUGAGUACGGAGUCACUCGCUUCAGCGGCUCCGCUUGGACCAAACAUGGCACAGAGUGUUCCCUCUGCCAGUGCAAGAAUGGUCACAUCUGUUGCUCUGUGGAUCCUCUGUGCCUCUAGUUCUAUUCAAAUGCAAAAUGUCUGAUCUGCUCUCUCUACACCGCAAAAACAAAACAUAUUCUUAAUGAGUAUCUUUGUCUUGUUUUCCAGUAAAAUAUCUAAGAAGCAAAAUUGCAUAAGAUAUUAAGACUUGUUUUCAGAUAUUUUAACAUGAAUAUUAGUAAAUUUUAUGAUAAUAAUGUUCACAUCAAAAUCUUAAAUGCAAAAUCUGUCAGUGCUACAAGACAAAAUGCACUUAUAUUUAAAGGGAUAGUUCACCCAAAAAUGAAAAUUCUCUCAUCAUUUACUCACCCUCAUGCCAUCCCAGAUGUGUAUGGCUUUCUUUAUGCUGCUGAACACAAACAAAGAUUAGGUCCAUACAGUGCAAGUAAAAUGUGCCCAGAUCUUUGAAGGUCCA